UUUCUAAAAACAGGAUUGAAUGUGAUGAACUCAAUUGCUGUUCUGUUCAAUCAAACAGACAAAACACAAUGAGCUGACUUCAACAAAACACAAACCACUCUCUUCUGUUUUCUCAACUCUCUCUCCUUUUUUUCCUCUCUCUCUCUCUCUCUCACAUGGCAUUUCUCCCUCAGAUUAAAACUUGAAAGUCUGUGAUUCCAUAAAACGACCCCACUUUUCCACUAUUGUUAUGAUAACUUGGAACCUUUUUCACGCAAGAAUAACCUCUACACACGCAAUAUUGUUAUUGUUUCUUCAUCAUUUUUUAGUUUUUUUGGUUACACAAGUUGUUUCUGAGAACCUUGUUGAAUAUUCAACCUGUGAUAUGGGCUAUCUCAAUUCUGUUUUGUCAUCUUCAAGUCAGGUUCAUUCUGCUGAUGAUUCACCUGUUAGUGGUGGGGGACUCAGUCAGAAUGGAAAAUUCAGCUAUGGAUAUGCUAGCUCCCCCGGCAAAAGAUCUUCAAUGGAAGAUUUUUAUGAGACAAGAAUUGACGGUGUUGAUGGUGAAGUUGUUGGCCUUUUUGGAGUUUUUGACGGUCACGGCGGUGCUCGUGCUGCUGAGUAUGUCAAACAAAACCUAUUUAGUAAUUUGAUCAGCCAUCCAAAAUUCAUUUCUGACACCAAAUCUGCAAUAGCUGAUGCGUAUACGCACACCGACUCUGAAUUUCUGAAAUCAGAAAAUAAUCAAAACCGAGAUGCUGGAUCUACUGCUUCCACUGCCAUUCUUGUUGGUGACCGUUUGAUUGUGGCAAAUGUUGGCGACUCCAGAGCUGUUAUAUGCAGGGGCGGAAACGCAAUUGCUGUGUCCCGAGAUCACAAACCAGAUCAAACCGAUGAGAGGCAAAGGAUAGAGGAUGCAGGGGGAUUUGUUAUGUGGGCUGGAACUUGGAGAGUUGGUGGUGUUCUUGCUGUUUCUCGCGCAUUUGGUGAUAGACUACUUAAGCAAUACGUUGUUGCUGAUCCGGAAAUCCAGGAAGAAAAGGUUGAUAGCUCUCUCGAGUUUCUUAUAUUAGCCAGUGACGGGCUAUGGGAUGUUGUCUCAAAUGAGGAAGCUGUUGCUAUGAUUAAACCGAUUGAGGACGCAGAGGAGGCAGCUAAGAGGCUGAUGAAAGAAGCAUAUCAAAGAGGUAGUUCUGACAACAUUACUUGUGUCGUCGUUCGUUUCAUAUUGAACAACCAAGGUUCUUCUUCUCGUAAUAGCUCUGGCUAAGUGUACCUCAAAACAUAGAAUUGUGUCAAAAUCUGUUUAUUAUAGGACAUUGUUCCUUGUAAUUGUGUACUACCAUGCGAGCAUAGGAAUCAACAUUUGAACUAAUCAUGGUCCUCUAGCAUAGGUAUGUUGUUAUCACUGUCGUACUUCCAUAUUUUGGGAUCAUGUUUGUAUUGUAACUAGGAAAAAUCGUUUUGUAAAGAGUGUGGCUAGAGUUUUUAACUGCACACACAAAAUGCUGCUUGUAAAUGUGGUGGUGUUGUUUUCAUUAAUUUCUUUCCUUCCAAAUAAUAUUUGCGUGUCGUUGAUGUAUCCCAAUAGGCGUUAUCUAUGUGUCUUGUAACCAUUACCCUCUUGUUCUUGAUGAAUUGUUAUGGUUUGUAUCGAAUGUAAUAAUUUAAAUCUAAUAUGAAGCAUGUUUUCAUGUGACCAA